UUUCGUUCCUCGCUCUUGUUGAUUUUUGUUGUUCAAUUCAAAAUACAUUUUUCUCAAUGAUAAUAAUAAGAAUAGCUCAAUUAAUGCUUUAGUCCCAUCCGUAUUAAUACAAUGGAGGAAAUAAAGGUGGAAUUUGAUAAGUCUGCUAUUUGUCACGGCUGUUUGAGUGUGAAUCGUGAACUAUCAACUCUUGGCGAUUAUUAUGAGAUAUUUUAUUACGUAUUGGGGGAAGAAAUACUGGACCUUAAUGAUAGACCAGAUGUGUUUCUCUGCUGGGAGUGUCUUGCCGUGUUAAGGAAGUUGAAAAUGUUUCAGAAACAAAUAAGGAAUGCAAGAGACAUGCUGGCCGAUGCAUAUUUCCAUUGGAAAUUCCAAGACGACGUAUACACCCUCUCCACUCUCGGCAUAAAUAAAAAGGACAAUUACGAUCUAGCGAUAGAUGAAGAUGCUAUCGAACCUAUUCUCUUCGUAGCCGAACCGGAAGUGAAAGAAGAAUCCGAAGACAUAAUCGCUAAAGAAGAAAAUGAUCCAGAAUCAGAAGUCGAUAAUAUUGACAUAGAAGAUAAUCUCAAAAUAGAACCAGAGGUCACUAAGAAAGUAUUUUCCCGUUCAAAAGGAAGGCAGCAGUCUAUAAAAAUAUAUGAGAAAUAUGCAAUAAUAACGGAGAAUAAGGAAAUAAAACUCGACGAUCUUAGCCAACAUUAUGUUAAAGUGUAUCUAGAUGAGAAGGAAGUUGAAAAGUUGGUGGAUAAAAGAGAUAGAAGAGACUGCAGUUUUCCUAAAAUGCCCUACAAAUGUAUAGAAUGUAGACUAGGGUAUAAGAGACAGACAGAUCUGAAUCGGCAUAACCAGUUUCAACAUUGUUCGUACGAGAAACCAGUUAGAUGUCUAGAAUGCAACAAAAAGCAGCCUUCACUCGAGCGGAUGGUAAAACACUGGGCCCAUCACUCGCGCAUGCUCCGUUGUCUCCAGUGUUACAACAUAUGCAGGUCAUUGGGUGAACUGAAGAAACAUAUGAACAGGGUGCACACUUCAGUAUACACCUGCAAGCAGUGCAAUGUGCAGUUGAACACUCUGCGCGAAUUCAGCGUACACUACAAACACGAUCAUCUGCGCAUGUACUGCGACUACUGUGGGAAGGCAUUCUACAAGAAGUCGCUACUCGAGGGUCACAUCCGCCGCAACCACAUGCCGGCGUACUGCGUGGAGUGCAACCGCUCUUACCAGCAGUACCACGUGUUGGAGAACCACAUACGCACAUACCAUCCGCACCUCAUGCGCGGCGCUGUCAACAGCGAAGCGUCGUACUGCGUCGAGUGUGACAAGCAAUACUCCAGUGUGUACAAAUACAAGAGACAUAUACUGCAGUCGGCGAGGCACACGCCUCAGAAGAGGAUACGUGUUCCGUGCCCGGACUGCGGUAAAGUAUUCACUCGCACGGCAUACAUGAACAAUCAUUACAGGCUGGUCCACGUGAAAGACACCAAACAUCGCUGCGAACUGUGCCAUAAGUACUUCGCGACCGGGUACGCGUUGAGGAAACAUAGACAAUACGUUCACGAGAAGAAGAUGAUGCCCAAAGACAAGAUUUGUGACAUAUGUGGUCGGGGAUUCAGUACCAACCGCAUCCUGAGCAACCACCGGCGCACGCACACGGGCGAGCGCCCGUUCAAGUGCACGCACUGCGGCGCCAGUUUCGUGCAGUGCACCGCCUUACAGACACACAUCAAGACCCAGCAUAAGAACGUGGACAAUAUGCCCAUGCAGGAGUGAAUAGAAGCAUUACAUAUUGGAAGGCAGUGUGGUCAAUAUUGUGUUCCGGUUUGAAGGACAUUGUAGCCAGUGUAAUAAUGACUUAACAUCUCAUGUCUCAGUGAGCGCAGUGGAAUAACAAACAAUACUUUGUAAUUCAAGGUGUUGUUUUUACUGUUUAUAGGCGGUCGUGUUACCAUCAGGCGAACGGCAAGCUCGUCUCGUCAUUCAAAGCAAUAAAAAAGGCAAAUUAAAGUCAGGUAUCUUAAGAUGGUUCCUAUUAAACAGAUAUCAACAUCUCAAAUUAUAUCUUAAGUUACAGCAUAUGACGGAUAUUGAGAGCUGUGUUUGGUUACUAAACAACGCCGACUCAGUUGAGAACAAGCUUUUAAGACAACUUAAGUGUUGUGUUAUUAAAUAUUGCGAUACAUUAACAUUCUUACUUAUAAACUUGUUUAACUUAAAAGGUGGUUGAGAAUUGCUUAAAUAGCUGUCAAAAGCAUCACCAGUUCCUAGUUUAAGCCUUAAAGAGGCAAGAUGGCGGGUUUCGACUUAAACUGACCGAUUAAAUAUGUUUUAACUAAGCAUAGCUUUGCGAAAAUUAAGUAAGACUAUUAAUGACUACUUGAGAUUGUGAAAGGUGACAUUGAUUUAUUAAUAUCGCUCGAAAUGUAACUGGGUUAAGUUUAGGAUUAUUAAAGAGGUGUAACUUAAAAAA